UACUAUAUAAGAGAGUUGACGCCGUGAAUGGGUGGUGCGGAAUCGAAGAAGGGGUAUUUCCCACUGUUGAUACACAGAGAGAAAGUGUGUUAAAAGUUGGCACUUUGAACAUUUCGUUUUUUGGGGGUUUCUCCUUUUGUAGAGAGAGAAAGAGAGAGAGAGAGAGAAUGGCGAAAAUUGCAUUGGGAAGUAGGCAAGAGGCUUCUCAGCCGGACUGUGUUAGGGCUGUUCUAGCGGAGCUGGUUUGCACUUUCCUCUUUGUCUUUGCAGGAGUAGGUGCUGCCAUGGCUACUGGGACUUUGAAUGGUGGAUCGAACUCCAUAGUGGCCUUAACGGCCGUUGCGAUAGCGCAUGCGUUAGUUGUGGCCGUUAUGAUCUCCGCCGGCUUGGCAACGUCCGGUGGCCAUCUCAACCCGGCCGUUACCAUCGGCUUGCUCGUUGGUGGUCACAUAACGGUCUUCAGGUCCAUACUGUAUUGGAUUGCCCAAUUGAUUGGCUCCUCUUUUGCUUGUGUUCUUCUCAAGUACCUCACCGGUGGCCUGGAGACUCCAAUUCAUAACCUCUCAAAUGGGGUGUCAAGCUUACAAGGGCUCAUAAUGGAGAUAGUUUUGACCUUCUCUUUGCUCUUCUCUGUGUAUGCCACCAUGGUGGACCCCAAGAAGGGCAAGCUUGAUGGGUUGGGCCCCAUGCUUGUGGGAUUUGUGGUGGGGGCCAACAUUUUGGCUGGUGGGCCCUACUCUGGAGCAUCAAUGAACCCUGCUAGGUCCUUUGGUCCAGCCUUGGCCAGUUGGGACUGGUCUAACCAUUGGAUCUAUUGGGUGGGGCCCCUUGUUGGUGGGGCCCUAGCUGGGCUUGUGUAUGAGAACAUCUUCAUCAUUCGUACUCAUGAGCCACUCCCUAGAGAUGAUGAGGCAUUCUAAUUCUCUCUCUCUCUCUCCGGAUUUCUAUCUCUUAUGCAUGAUAGCUACUAGCUUGUGGGCUUGUGGCAUCUCUUUCUAUCUAAUAGCUUGUGGGCUUGUGGCAUCUCUCUUAUCUAGGUUUUGGGCUUGUGAACUCUCUCUCUAUACAGUUGAGUCUUCUAGAUAUCUAUCUUUGAGAGCUUGUAGACUCUCUCUCUUUCUCUCUCUCUCUCUCUAGGGUGACAUGAAGAUUGAACUUGUAACUCAAGGGUAUCAUGCCUUAAUGUCCUUUGGGAUGCAACAAUAGUUUGUACUCUGUAUUAAGCUUCCUAUUGUUGUUUGGUGCUUAAGAAAGAUAAAAUGGCUUGUGCUUUCUA